UUCUACCUACACCUCAGGGCAAAACAGAUCUUCUACAAACUAACGCCACUAAUCGUCUCUUCCCGUCUCUCCGAGUUCUCACUUUUCUUCAAAAAUGGCGUUGGGUUUGGACACAAGGGACUCCAGCUGGUGGGUAUUUACACUCCCAGCUUUUCUUGGGUCCAAAAACCUUCUCGAUGGUUAUGUUUUGUUUGCUAUCUUCAUGUCAUUUGUCUCCAUUGUGCUUCUCACAUGGGCUUUUACGGUUGGGGGGAUUGCAUGGAAAAACGGGAGGAACCAGAGAGGUCGGGUUUCCAUUCCUGGACCUCGGGGUCUUCCUAUCUUUGGAAGCCUAUUCACGCUCAGCCGUGGAUUAGCCCACCGCUCCUUAGCCGUCAUGGCCAGGACUCCAGCGAGUGUUCAGCUCAUGGCUUUUAGCCUUGGUUCGUCACCUGUAGUCGUGGCUUCCGACCCCUGCACUGCCCGAGAGAUCCUGACAUCACCGCACUUUGCUGAUCGUCCUCUCAAGCAGUCUGCUAAGAGUCUCAUGUUCAGCCGAGCCAUCGGCUUUGCCCCCAACGGGGCCUACUGGAGGCUUUUGAGAAGGAUCGCUUCGACCCACCUCUUCUCACCCCGUCGCAUUACAGCCCACGAGACCGGCCGCCAGUUAGAAUGCUCCGCUAUGCUGAGCAACAUAGCAACCGAACAAGAAAUUAACGGCACCGUCUUUCUAAGAAAGCACCUCCAAGCUGCCUCAUUGAACAACAUCAUGGGGAGCGUUUUUGGCGAAAGGUACGAUCCGGCGCAUGAUAGUGAAGAGUUGGACGAGCUUAAAGAGAUGGUCACAGAGGGUUUCGAGCUUUUGGGUGCUUUCAAUUGGUCUGAUUAUCUUCCAUGGCUUAACUAUUUCUAUGACCCAUUUCGAAUCAAUGAACGUUGCUCCAAGCUUGUUCCCCGAGUCAGAAAACUCGUCCGAGGCAUCAUCCAAGAGCACCGAGCCAACGAGUGCACAAAGCUAUCUGAUAGUGAUGAUUUCGUUGAUGUUUUGCUUUCUUUGGAAGGUGAAGAGAAGCUUCAAGAGGAUGACAUGGUUGCCGUCUUAUGGGAAAUGAUAUUCAGAGGAACUGACACUACCGCCUUGUUAACUGAGUGGGUGAUGGCCGAGUUGAUCUUACACCCGGAGGUCCAGGAAAAGCUACACACAGAGAUUAACAGCGCGGUUGGAAGUAGAACUGUGACAGACGCUGACGUGGCAUCUCUACCCUAUCUGCAGUCCGUAGUGAAAGAAGCUCUCCGAGUUCACCCGCCUGGUCCAUUGCUCUCCUGGGCCCGACUGUCAACAUCGGACGUCCAGCUCAGCAACGGCAUGCUUAUUCCCGCCGACACAACAGCAAUGGUCAACAUGUGGGCCAUCACGCAUGACCCGCACCUGUGGGAGGACCCACUGGUUUUCAGGCCGGAGAGGUUUCUGGAGAGCGAGGGCGGUGUUAACGUGGACGUGAGGGGUGGGGAUCUGAGGCUAGCACCCUUCGGCGCCGGCCGGAGAGUGUGCCCAGGCAAGAACCUAGGGCUGGUGACAGUGACAUUGUGGGUGGCCAAGUUGGUGCACCAAUAUACGUGGGUUCAAGAUGUGGCUCACCCAGUUGAUCUUAGUGAGGUGCUGAAGCUGUCCUGUGAGAUGAAGUGUCCUCUGCAUGCUAUUGCUCUGCGAAGGAAUGAUGUUGCUAGGGUUUGAUGUGGAAGCUGCGUGCAGUAUGGUGUAUAUUUGCUAGUGGAUCCUAUUAACUGCCUUUUGAUUAUUAUUAUUAUUAUAUGUUUCGUCGUUUGGAUUAAGGGUAUGUGUAUGCUAGCGCUAGCGCUAGGGUUCGGAAGUGGAGGGGUACUUCGUAAGGUGGCUCCAGUUUUGGAAUGGUUUAACUGUUAGGGGUCUUGCAUUUUGUGCAUCAUGUACGGCAAACAUUUGCAUGUACUCGUAUUAUUAAUUAGACAAUAUUAUGGUAUUGUUCCUCCAA